AUGGAUAUAGAGGAAUGCAUGAAGGAGUGGGAAGAUUUAAUUGCAGACUAUAAACGCCUUGAGACAAUAAACAAGGAUUAUGCAACCAAGCUAGAAGAAGUCGGAGAGCUGCAAGCAGCAUGUAUGAAGGAACUUAAUCAUCAAAGAUAUCGCAUGUCGGUUAUCACAGGUGCACUGAAAAGAUUAGAAAAAAAAGGUGUCACUAAGGAUGAGCGUGUAUCUAAUCUUGAAAAAGAAAUCAUGAAGAGGAAAGCAAUGCUGCAUGAAAUUGAAGCUACUCUCCCAAAACAAAACAGCCUGUACUUAAAAAUUAUUCUUGGAAACGUAAAUGUAUCAAUACUGAAUAAAAAUGAUAAAUUCAAAUACAAAGAUGAAUAUGAAAAGUUCAAGUUGAUUCUUAGUGCAAUUGCGUUUGUAUUGGCUGUUGCAAAUCUUUAUAUAGACUUCAGGCCACUGCAAUUAAUUUUGAUUUUCCUGCUGGUUUGGUAUUAUUGCACACUGACAAUCCGGGAAAGCAUUCUUAAGGUUAACGGAUCGAGAAUCAAGGGUUGGUGGCGUCUACAUCACUUUAUAUCCACGGUUGUGGCGGGUAUAUUACUUAUUUGGCCACAAAAUGAACCAUGGGAAGAAUUCAGACAUACCUUUAUGUGGUUUAUUGCGUAUAUUAGCGUAGUUCAAUACAUGCAGUUCAGAUAUCAAAGCGGAGUAUUGUACAGGCUGAAGGCAUUAGGUGCGAGGCAUAACAUGGACAUUACGAUUGAGGGUUUCCACUCGUGGAUGUGGCGGGGACUGUCAUAUCUGCUGCCGUUCCUUUUCGGCGGAUACAUUUUCCAGCUCUAUAUCGCUUACACUUUGUGUCAUAUUAGCUAUCACCCCGAGGCUACAUGGCAGGUGCCAGCUUUAAGCAUAUCGUUCCUGAUGAUUGGAAUUGGCAACACAGCUACCACACUCAUGGUGAUACCACAGAAACUCAACGAGCAGGUUUCAUACCUGGCUGCUUUGUUUCUUGUGCUGCACUGUUGCAACAUGUACACAAUACUUCAGACACUGAAAAAGAAAAUGCAAGGCGGCUUGAAACUACGCUACAAAUUGCGCGCGAUCGCGUACCGGCUGUCCAAUGAAAUUGCUGUUUUGGAACAAAAAUGGCGACAGAAUAAGGUGGAGGUGAAAUCCGAAUAA